AUGCAUUCCAAUGAACUUCCCCCGCCUCAAACAUUGCUAGCUGAUCCUCAGUUCGGAACUCAAAUUCAUGGAAAUCCCGAUUUUAUUUAUCCUACUUACGUGAAAAAUGGACGCACACGCGAAAAACGCUACAAGUGCCAUAAAUGUCCAUCGGCGUUUGAGAAAAGAGAACAAUAUCGAGUGCACAUGACUUUACAUGGGGCACAGCAGAGGUAUAAAUGUGAAGCUUGCGAUUACUCUGUUAAAUAUUAUGCUAAUUAUGUUCAGCAUAUGAAGAAACACCAAGUCAGUGCUGAUGCUCAGGCAGCUAGACGUUCCUUGUUAGGCAUUUCUGAUAAUAACAGUAGUCUGGAAAAUAUUGAAGAAAAUAAAGACUACCGUCCGAUGAGCUUUGCUCAAAAACAAGCUGAAGCAAUAAAAGCAUUAAAAUCUGAGGCCAAACAUCGUUGCAAAUCAUGCCCCUUUGUUGGAUUGACUGCCGCAUCUUUAGAAGAACAUACCGCUCACCACGGCGGAGAAGGUACCAAUAAAUGUAACCACUGUGAUUAUGUAUGCCCUCGGGAACAGUCAUUAAGUGAACAUGAGGGCCUACAUUUUCUAGUCGAUAAUAGUUUAACCCCAGAAGCAUAUAUGAACCCAACAGGUCUGUCUUUAGUUUAUCGCAGUGAAGAAAAUGACAAAGAAGGUGAAGAAUGCAUACUUUUUGAUGACUCAAAUGUUGCUCCUCCUCCAGUCAUUAGGGAUUCUGAAAAAAUUUAUGUGGAUUUGCCGAAACGCACUGCGAAGAAUUAA